CAUGGGAAGCGGAUCGCGAUUUUGCAACAUGGCGGUGAAUUGAGCCAAAGUCGCGGUGCUGUGCCAUCAGAAAAUGUAUUUUUCGUAGUCGCGGGACCGGUUUUAUUCUAGUUCUCGUGGAUGGGACAGUGCGAUACGGGUUCGGGACGCGUAGCACGGUGCACGACACAUGUAAAUAUGAGUGGAACGAGCCUUAACAUUAUUUCGAAGGUGACACCCCGCAGCUCGGUGUGCAGCUCGAGCACGUAUGGCAGAGACUAGAACCCGAGAUAAGGAAGCUCCGCUUCGCCUAAGCAAUACGUAUCGCCGAGCAAAAUCACCGCCGCGGAAUAGCGAUGCGGUGGUCAAUCUCGCCGAACUGUGAAAACAUACACGGAAAAUUCCAAGAAAACAUUGUCAAUCUAAGUAACUUGUGAUCGUAUAUGCGUGCCAAACAAAAGUAUAUAGAAGGUCGUUGAAGAGACCCGAUGGUUUCCUGACAUGAUGGAAAACAAACUAUACGUGAAAAAUGAGCCUGGCCUCGACGGACAGUCCCUCGCGAAUCCGCAGCCAAAUCCAGCCUCCGAGGAGAUCGGAGGUGCCAGGGUUUGUUUCGUUUGUGGCACGGUGGGCCACAGCGAGCAGUACUGGCUCCGAGUGAAGCCGAACCCGGCUGGAGCGCCGAACGAGCCUUAUUUCCCGUUCCUGGAGUCCCACGAACCACCUGCCGGCUACCGAGGCGAGGGUGCCCGAGGCGGGGCUGUGAAGGCCUGUAGUCUCUGCUACGCGUUGCUGUUACAGCAAUGGGAGAGCUACGAGCAGGAUGCCAGGCCGCAUAGUCAACGGAUCUAUUGGCUAAAGAGAUGCGACGGCGGGCCGUUCACCGGGGCCGAGAUGGCUCUGCAGGGGGAGUACGCUGCUCAAGUUCUUGGUCUGACCAACGAACAACCGCCACAGCUCAGACCGGAAAACCGACCGGUGGGUAUCUCGCCGCGGCUGCCGACGAACUCGCCGUCGCCCAGGGUGGUGGAGCAGACGAGGCCGCCGUCGAACUCCAUCGAACUGCCAAGACCGCAUUCGAACACUGCUGAAACGCACAGGCACCUGGAGCAAGCGAGGCUCACCAUGGAAUCUCCCCAUCAAAGACUGCAAUCGCCGCACCAGAGGUUACAGAGCCCUAGGCAGCCCGUCGAGGACACCAGAAUAUCCAGCGAAGCGGCUUUGGACCUACGACACGCACCAAGAAGCUCGCCUGCCCCGCAACCAGCGUUACCGCCACAGCCUCAACCGAUAUACAGCGGUGGAUCUUCGUCGAGCGUUGGCACCGAUAUCCUGGAUCUCUCGAUGCCGGACAAGAAUUCUGUGACGGAAGUUUGUUACGUGUGCGGGGAUGAGUUUAAGAGAGGCUCGCUUAGUCAUAUCGCAGCGAAACCACUGCCAACUCCGCCGCACCCUUCGGCCAGUCCUCCCCCAUUCUUCCCUUCUCUGAUGCUUCAUCCGAGACCCAGCAGAAGUCGACCCAUGGACAGCGCAGGUCGCGUACAGGCCUGCACAGCGUGUCAGAAUCACCUUCUGUUGCAAUGGAAGGCGUAUGCUCGGCAAGGUGUACCCCACGGUGACCGUAACUACACGCUCCGUAAACGGCAAGCGCCAGCGAUGGAUACGACCACGUUCAUUUGCUACACCUGCGCGCUCGAGUACCCUUCGUCCAGUAUUAGGCUUCUCUACUGCUGCGCCAAUCCGGAGAAGGAGGCGUACUAUCCUUUUAUUUAUUCUCUGAGACCUCCGCCAGGAGCUAGUCCUAUUAGUCCUCAGGGAAUGGUGCAAGUCUGCUCCAUUUGUUACAAAGCCAUACCGCAGAAGCAGCAAGUGUUCGGGGGAGAGAAUCACGAGGCUGUUCAGCCGGUCGCGGGCCAGACCGUCGAUUUCCGGCAGCAAGGUCCGUCGCCGAGACCCGCGGUCGCCAAGUCCCCGGCGAACUCGGCCGGCAGCGACAUUCGGUUCAAACCGUACGAUCUGAACAAGUCCUCGGUCGCCACGAACAAAUUGCGAGGCGGCACGGUCAAGGGAGCCACGGCCGGCCAGCGAAACUCGCCGAACAACGCCCCCGCCGAGAACGGGACCGUCGCUGUUGGCCAAAACUAUAGGUGCUAUAUCUGCGAGAGACUGUAUCCUCGCACUCACAUGGAAUGGUUGUCCACGAGCCCGGAGGGAAUGAACUCGCACGCCAUGCACUUUCCCUGUCUAAGGGGAAUGGCUCGUACAUCUGAGAACGCCUGCAUGGAUAGCCACGGCAGAGUGCUGGCCUGUAGUCACUGCGUGAACCACCUGGCCCAACAAUGGGAGAGCAUGGACGCCGAACGUGUUCCUUUAGAACGUCGCAGGUAUGAUAUUCCUAGUCCGCACCCGAACGGCGACGUGAACCGGUCGAUCGCGACACCGCCGAGCUCGAGCUCGGACCGGACGUUCGGCAGCAACCCGGGUACGUCGAGCAGCUCGAUCUAUUGUUUCCUGUGCGGUCUGCACAGCGACCUGACUCUGGCUCGAGUCUUGUACGGUCGUCCUCAGGGUCGCAACGCCCCGUUUUUCCCAGAAUUGUUGCGGCACCAGUCACCGCCGAACGCCGAGCAGCUCCGCGAGGACGGCUCCGCGCUGGUAUGCACGUUCUGUUAUCACUCCCUUUUGGCGCAGUGGCGUCGAUACGAAUCUCUUCCCAGCGGCCAGCAAGUGAACGCCGCCGAAAGACAGUACAAUACCCACGACUACUGCUGUUACGUUUGCGGGAUAACCACCUACCGCAAGCGAGUCAGAGCGUUGCUCGUCAAGGACUUCCCGUUCCUCAAGUACCAUCGGCAGCCGGAGAAGAGCUUGCUGCUGGAGAACGGGGACUUCGCGGUGGUCUGUCUCGACUGUUACGAAACCCUGCGCACUCAGAGCCUCGAGUACGAACGAUGGGGUCUGCCGGUUGAGAAACGCGAGUAUAAUUGGAUAGUGCAACCGCCGCCGCCGGAAGACAGUCCCGACGCGACCAUCGCCAGAUUGCCGUCCGGUGAAAGGUCCGAAAAGGUGGUACCGUCGACGUUAACCGUUAGACCAGCGCGAAAGAAUUGUUCUCCGAAGGCGCCCGAUAAGAAGGUCCCGGCCAAGGUCCCCGAGAAAGAACAAGGUAAGCAGAUGCAGAACGCUCGAGGAGUGCUCGGCGCGGAACAGACACGUCUUCAGCCGGCCAGCACCAAAGCGCAACCCACCGCGAUCAGCAAGUCCCACAGGCCCAGUUCCGGUGUUUUACCUCAGGGUCAUACACCUGGGCCCGGCCCAGGUAGUCAGCAAAACAGCAGAAGCUUUGCCGCCGCCUUGAGGAACCUGGCGAAACAGGCAGGGCCGGCACCUCAGGAAGAAGAACCUCGCGCGAGUCCCAAGAAUCGGGCCCCGCCCCCUCUGGUCAGGGGUCCUUCCCCUGCCAAGGAGCGGUCUACUCAUGAGAGAAGACCCGAAGAGAUUCCCUCGUUGUACACGACCGCAAGACCCGCUGACACCAGCAAACACAGCGUGACAGCCGCAGCUUCCGAUUUGCUGGCCCGUUCCGGUUUCCAGCCGUAUCGGCCCGAGCACCAUCCGGCCCAUGCUCCACCGGCCUUCGCCCUGGAUCCUGCGGCCUACAGCCCUUAUCACCAUGGUCUCUACCCACCGCCACACCUCCAACACGCUUAUAGAUUCGAGGAACAGUUGUAUCUGGAACGGUGUGGAAUGCUGAGACCGCCGUUGUUCCCCGGGCUGCCUUCGUAUCCGCUCUACGGGUUAAGAUACAGCCCGGACAUGCUGCCGCCCGCGUCCAUCGGACUGAUGUCCCCCGUGAUGCACGAACGGCUGAAACUGGAGGAGGAGCAUCGGUUAAGGCAAGCACGGGAACAAGCCGCGCUGCGCGACGAGGAGGAGAGGAGAAGAGCGGCGCGAACUUCAGCUCCUGCCGCCCCGGUACCCGCGCCCGCACCUGCAUCUGCCGAUACUGCAGCUAGGAAGCCGACCAUAGCGGCUCAGAUGCACAGCGACCGGGAGCGAGACCGCGAGAACAGGGACCGGCCGAGUCAAGGCGGGGGCGGAGGAGGCGGCGGCGGGAGCAGCGGCGGGAACAACGCGACGAGCGGCGGGGGCAGCAGCGGCGGGAACACCGGUAACGGUAACGUGGGCACGGUGGGCAGCAGCAAUCACCACCAGGCCAGGAAGGAGGAGCAGCAGUCCUCGGGUUCGGCGGCCGUCGCCGCGGCCGCAGCGGCCGCCGCCGCAGCCGCAGCCUCGGCCGUGGCGACGGCGGUUCCGGUGCCUCAGCCGACGUCGGCCGCGGCCGCGCCGCCUCCGCCGCAGACGACCGAUCCGACCGGCGGCGCCGCGACCAUUUACCACCCUCGUCUGCCGGGAUUCCCGAGCGCCCCGGCUCCGAUCGGACCGCCGCCGUCCUUGGCCACCGGCUCGAUCUGUUCCGUGAGCUCGUCCGCGAUGCCACCCCCGCCGUUGGCUUCCGCUCUGCCGCCCCUCAACCUUGGACCUCCGCCAGCAGCCAUAAGCUCCGCGCCCAUCGGUCCUCCCCCCAUACCCUCCAUAGCCUCCAUGUCGUCCUUGGCGCCGACCGUAAUAGGCCCGCCGCCUCCGCCUCCGCCCCUCGGCAUGCCCCUGCCGCCCAUCAUCUCCAUACCAUCCCUCCACUUGCCCCCCGUACCCUCGACCACCAUUCAUUCUAGUCAGCACACAGCUACGAUAAUGAGCAGCAGCGCGACAACUACCGUUACGACCUCUAUAUACCACCAACAGCAGCAACAACAGCAACAAUCGACGCAAGCCCCGCAGUCGCUGGCAUCCUCGCAUCAGCAACAACGCGGCAGCGGCACAGCAACCACCGCCUGUCUACCCGGCAGCGGGACCGUCACCACGCUAGCCACGCACACCUUGACCACCCCCAACACCGUGCCGUCCUCCACCAUCGGCAGCGUGAACCACGUUAACCUGACACACAAAUCGCCGCCGUUGUUGCACGGCCACCACGCCUCCAGGACCACCAAGGAUCCCACGGCGGUGCCUGCUACCACCGCUGCCUCUUCUACCACCGUCACCACCAUGACCACCAUGACCACCGUAGCAGCCAGCAGCAGCACCAUAGUAGCCUCGCCGAUCUCGCAGCCGGUCUUCGUCAGACCGUUCGAGGACUCGUUUCGCUCCUCGUCGAAGCCGCAGCAAAGGCUGCUGGUCAACAGCCACAACCACAGCAUCUCCAGCCAGCUGUCCCAUCAGACCGACUCGGUCGUGAAAUCGGCGCCGAGCACCCAAGCGUCGCAGACGAUCGGCCCCAUCGCGACGGACAACAGCGCGCCGACCGAGAACUCGAAGAACGCCGUCAGCCUUCAGCAGUCCCUGUCUCAGCCGAUUCCCUAUCCCCCGCAGCAGUUCCAUCAUCCGCAUAUACCCGUCCCUCACGUCCCUGGACUCUACAAACCCCCGCAUUUUCCCUCCGUCACCUCCCAUCAGCAACAGCAACAUCAUUCGCAAGCGAAGAUCAACGUUCCGACGUUGGCGACGAACGGCGGCAGCAGCGGCGUAGGAGGCAGCGCGGUUGGGACCAGCGUGACCAGCAGUUCGAACUGCACGAGACACGGCUCCCAUCAUGUCGGCGCGAUCGAGACCGGGCCUGUUACCACCACGGCGUCCCAGAGGUCCGAGAUCGCGAACUGCGUGUCGGAGAAGACGGCCGGGAGCUUGAGCUACAACGGCAGCAGCAACAGCGUGGCGCCUGGAGGCAAGGUGACGAGCCACUCGCAUCCGAAGAGCAACAACGGCGAGAACCAUCAAGCAACGGCGGCGACCCCGAAGACGAUCGACGCGAAGACGAAUUCGUAUUGCGAGAAGAUCGAGAGCCACGCGAAGCAGCCGUCGCCGGCUAGCCAAAAUCAUUCGGGGAAGAGUCAUUCGAUCCAAGAGAAACCUUCGGUCCCCCAUUCGACCUACGAUCAAGGAAAGGGCCCGGGCCCGGGCCCGGCCAUCUUCCAGCCCGAAGGGUUCGCUCUCGCCGAGAAGGAGAGCAAGCCCGAGGUCGUCGAGGCCACGGGACCCAAUCCGCAGCCCGAUCUCUCGGGCAACAGCAACAGCAACAGUAACAGCAACAACAACGUUUUGUCCACAUUAUCGUUUCAACCAAGUUUUAAGUUCAGCGUAAACGAGAUCGCUCCGAAACCAAUCGACACCAGCCAGCUGAUGCAGAGCAUCAAGUCCGAGGAGGUUCUGCGCACCUGUCAGAACGUCUCGAACGUUCUGCUGCAGAUACCGAAGUACCAGGAGAAGCUGUUGAACUUCUCGAACGAGCUGAAGACCGCCGCCGCAUUUUGUUUCACCGACAAGUGCAAUAAUUUGACUGAGAUUUCCGUGAAGUGCGAGCCAGCGGUGCUGAACGUGCCUGACCUGAGCAAGGCUCUAGUCAAACAGGAUGCUGUUGUCACCGGCGACAAGUCCUCUUCAUCUUCUUCUUCUUUCCUUGUACCUGAGAAGCCGAAGGAGCUCACGUCCUCGUUGGACCUGGCCGAAAGGCGGCGGAAACGCAAACGUGAGAGGAACGCGAGCCUCGUCUGCAGCUCCGAAUCCGAGGGCGAGGACGAGAUCAAGGACGUCGAUCUAUGGAUCACGAAGGGACCGCCCGCGAAGCUGCAGUAUUCCGAUCAGAAGCUCGCGUUCCUCGCCAUGUUUGGGCUCACCACUCUGAGCAUGCGAAACGAGAUGGAGCUCUGCAAGGUGGAGAAAAGGUACAAACUGAAUCCAGAUCCUCCGGACAUGCCCUUGGAACCAGAACCGAUCGUCGAGUCGGUCUUGCCGAUUCCUCGCGACCAUCCGGACGCGUUGCUGCACACGCCAGACUUCGAGCCGAAGGUCGGCUUCUUGAAGACCAUAGGACUCGACGUGAUGCCUCCUGGUCGAAGAGACGAGGCAGAGAUGACGUGGCAGUACGUUCUCCAGGACCGCAGGAAGCGGAGGAGCACAAACUCCGUGACCGCUUAUUGCGAGAGGAUCGCUAAGGCGUACUCGAAGAACCCGCCGACGUUGCCGAAACCACCGCAGAAGAUGAGACUGUUGGAUCGGGUGAAAGCGAAGCACGUUCCUGAACGGCCGCCGCCUCUGCCGCCCUUGGUUCCGAACAUCGUCCACAUGUGUUACCCUGUGUUGCCGGUGCCAGGCGAGAACGGCGUGAAACACUGCAAGGCCGUCGACGUCAAGGUCGCGGACGAGGCUGCCGACGAGAACGUCGGCGGGAAGAGAGAGAUACCCAAGUGGAACGGAAUCGAGGACAUUCUGCUCGCCUACAGAGAGUAUUCCAAAGAGAAAAUCAUGGAGAAGAGGAUUUUGACGAGCGAGACGUCCAGGCUGGCAGCACAGUCGAACAGUUUGCGCUCGGAAACGAUUCAGCUGGAACGAAGGAUAUACGAGCUCCUUUCCGCGAAAACCGCCCUAGAUUCGGAGAGGCGGGUGCUCAGCGAGAAAAUCGAGAGGAUCAACGCACUUGUUAGGAAUCUUAGGUAGCGACGCGUAACGCACAACACGGAAACUCAUUCAUCUGUGAUAUUAUCAAAGGGUUAAGGGUCGUUAGCACACAACGCAGUACCGAUUAUAAAGAAAACUUUCUAUUCUUAGGGCGCCGCACGCCUCGCGAUCGCAAAGGAAGUUUCAUUGACCAAAUGUACAACCAAGCCUUUCGUAUUCUUUGCGACUAAUAAGUAUAUUACUCGUUAUACAAAGCAUAAACGACGCAUGCCCCACGAAGUGACACAGAGUGACAUUACAGACAGUACUUGAAAAGAACAUACAUACACACACGCAUAUAUAUACACACACACACACUAACCGUCGAGGUUAAACCGGCGAACCAACGCAUAGUCGCCACGCGAUACGACGGUUAUCCUCGUUGGUGGGUGGUCGUUGGAAAAUAAAACAAAAGCCAUAUCAGCCGUACGCGCGAAGCACGUGUAAGUGAUUGUUUGUACAAAAAAUUCUAUUGAGAUACCUAUACAAUGUACGUCGGCACUUCUCGGGCUAUCUAACGGAAGUGGGUAAAUAAAGAUUUUCUAGUUUGACACUAACGGCUCUUAGACCCUGAACUAUAAAUAAUUGUAAUUUGUAUCAUAAUAUUUUAAUGAGAAAUAGACAAAUCGUAUAACUUAUUUUAUUCUGCGUAAUGUGGACUUUAUGUGAGAUAACUUGGAACAAUGAUAAUUGUCGUAAUUUGUAAUAAUGAGAGACGAUCGUUGAAUAUCAACCGAGACGAAUGAGGGGACGAUCAGAAAGAAAGGAUUGACAUUCACACCGUAUUAGACAUCAGGUUCGGUAAUAUAAUCGAUAGAGAGAGGGAGAGAGAGAGAGAGAGAGAGAGAGAGAGAGAGAGAGAGAGAGGAAGAAAGUGAGCGAGAGAGAACGUUACUCCGACGUAUAGAGACUGUGACCUCUUUUUCUUUUUCAUUUUUGCAUCCACGAAACGACGGUGUACAACGGCGAGAGAGAAAGAGAGAGAGAGAGAGAGCUCUGUGUCGAUGCAAAUCUUCGAUGGCACAUUCGAACGUACCACAGACUGCGAUUCACGAUCAAUUCAGGAAUAGAGAAACAAACGUGGGGGAAAAAAAAAUAAACGAAUCGAAAUUGUAGAACUAGAACGAUUAUUUUUAACUUAAACGAUAUAUUUCGAGAUAGAAAUAACUCUAGUCUACGGACAUUCGUAGAAUACGAGGGAACUAACACUUCCUUUCGAUGUCCACUGUUCACGACAAUGAACGCAAAGGCCAGUGAAUACAUGAGAAAAAUUAAAUGUAAUAACAGCAGUGAGGUACUUAUACAGUAUAGGUAAAGUGACUUAAUUUAAAAACGAAAGAACAAAAAGAAAUAACGUGACAGACAUCGCGCGAGCACAUUCCACGUGAAAAAUAAUGCUUGUCACCCGAGACCUCCAACAUUCCACACGUUCGAAACCGUAAUCGAAUCGCAAAACGUUAAUUGAGAAUGCAAAUAAAAAUUCGUUUUAUCGAAGCGAUAUAUUUUGUUCCUUUUUUUAUCAUUAUUAUUAUUAAUUAAUAACAUUCAAUGGAAUCAGCGCUAUGCUAAUUUCUUUUUCUUUUUUUUCUUUUUUGGGUAUCCUUGUACUUGUAUCUCACUCUGCUCUCUGAGUGCAUUCUUCAAUGAUUAUUAUUCGUCAUAACACCUCUCCAAUAUGUAUGAUAGAGAAAAACCAUUUAUAGUUUCAUUGUUUUGUUCAUUGAGUGCCUAACGUUAUCCUACAUUUGUAAAUAUCAUUAUUUUUAUGUAUUAUACAUAUAACAAAGAGAGACCGCAAAAGGAUAUUUGUCGGUCUCGAUCUGGCCAAAACAAGAGCCUAGGAGUAAAUUGUUGAAAAUAUGAA